CGAAGAGAACAGUUGUUAUUAUGGAUCGUCUGUGGACCUUGUUCCAGAUACGCCGCCAGGGCUCUUGCAGCCCCGCCGAGCUGGAGACGCCCAACAUGAACGGGGCUAAAGAGAACAAAAAGGGGAAGAAAACGUGGAAGAAUAUCUUCCAGAAGCACCGUAAGCCUAAAGCAGGAAAGGAGGGCCAAGGGCCCCAGCAGCCAGAAGGGGAUGAGGGUCUGGAGCUACGCUCCGGCCAGCAUAAGACCAAGCGCAAUAUUUACAUGCUCUUGAUGGAGGAGGAGCUCGGCCCUGACGCCGAUUCUCUGAUAUACAUCCCCCUGGAUAGGCCCAGUGAUAUCAGCCUGGAUAAAUUCUGGGAUGAUCAUUCUUCUGGAGACAAGAAAAAGGGACAGAAAAAGUGGAGGAAUAUCUUCAAGAAGAACCACAAGCCCAAAGCAGGAAAGCUGCCGAAGAAGGCUUUGGAGGGCCAAGUGCCCCAACAGCCAGAAGGGGAUGAGGUUCUGGAGCCAAGCACCAGCCUGGAUGAGACCAGGGGCAACACUUACAUGGUCAUGUGUGGGAAAGUGCUUGACUCUGAGUCCGAUUCUCCAGCAAACAUCAGCCUGGAUAAGCCCAGGGACAUCAGCCUGAAUGAAGCCGGGGAUGAUGAUCUUUCUCCUGUACACAAGAAAAAGGAAAAGAAAAAGUGGAGGAGUAUCUUCAAGAGGAACCGCAAGCCCAAAGCAGGAAAGCUGCCGAAGGAGGCUUUGGAUGGCCAAGUGCCCCAGCAUGAUGAGACCAGGGGUGAAGCGGAGAUGCUCCUGCCAGUCAGAGAGCUCGAAGCUGAGCCUGAAGCCCCGGUUAACACCAGCCUGGAUGAGACCAGGGGUGAAGCGGAGAUGCUCCUGCCAGUCAGAGAGCUCGAAGCUGAGCCUGAAGCCCCGGUUAACACCAGCCUGGAUGAGACCAGGGGUGAAGCGGAGAUGCUCCUGCCAGUCAGAGAGCUCGAAGCUGAGCCUGAAGUCCUGGUUAAAACCAACCUGGAUGAGACUAGGGGUGAAGCGGAGAUGCUCCUGCCAGUCAGAGAGCUCGAAGUUGAGCCUGAAGCCCCGGUUAACACCAGCCUGGAUGAGACCAGGGGUGAAGCGGAGAUGCUCCUGCCAGUCAGAGAGCUCGAAGCUGAGCCUGAAGCCCCGGUUAACACCAGCCUGGAUGAGACCAGGGGUGAAGCGGAGAUGCUCCUGCCAGUCAGAGAGCUCGAAGCUGAGCCUGAAGACCUGGUUAAAACCAACCUGGAUGAGACCAGGGGUGAAGCGGAGAUGCUCCUGCCAGUCAGAGAGCUCGAGGCUGAGCCUGAAGCCCUAAAGAACCUGGAGAAGACCAGCCUGCUUGAGUCUGAGAAGAGUGGAGACACUGAAGCUGAUUUACUCAGCGAAGAUAAUGACGGUCGUAUCACCGGAGAAAACGGCAAGAGAAAAAAGACCAGGAGAGGAACCCGGGGACGCGGCCGGAAGAUAAAUUACAAAAAGAAGGAUAAUAACGGAUCUGAAAUGAUAAACAAGGUGAACGUGGAAGCAAAAGCUGAGGUCGAGAUGAAGAAUGUCCACCCUGAACAGAAGGUCUCCACCACUGUGCUGAAACAUGACCAACCUCUGGAUGAGGACAGAAUGCAGCUGAUGGGUCGAGGUGACCCAGAGGACAGCAUGCGAGAGGAGAAGAUCACACAAGGCAUUCAAGAUCGCGGCCGCAAAAUCAAAGGAACGGAACCAGGUGCUUUUUACAGUAAACGAGAAAAAGCUCCACGUCGACCUCAAUAAGAUCAAUGUGUGCACUAAUAAAACUAAUAAAGUUCAACAGUAAACCAUU